AUGGCUUCCCAGAAAAUCACUACUACCCUGGCGGCCAUCGAAUCAAACACCAACCAGCCCACCAAGCUCCAACAGUACAACGAGCUCCUCAAUGACAUCGUGGCCAGCUCAUCGGAGCACGAACUAGCCCAGGACCUCAUCUACUACCUCGACUCCAUCCUCGGCGAAGAUGUCAGCAUCGUCGCAGCUCGGCCCCUACUCGAUUCAUUCAUCACCGUCCUACAGAAGCUCGAGCCAGACACGAAGAUCAAGGUCGGACAACAUGCAGUGACGCUGCUCCAGUCACGGGCGACGUCAGUGGAGGAGCAGGAUUCACAGAUCCGAGAGAUUUUGGCCGAUGCCUAUGAGUCGCAGGACGAAUACACCGCCGCAGCGCGGGCGCUGCAGGGAAUCCAUGUCGACAGCUCGCAGCGGCUGGUCUCGGACGCGGCCAAGGCCCGGCUCUGGAUCCGCAUCGUGCGCUGUUACCUGGAAGACGACGACACUAUGAGCGCCGAGGUGUUUCUCAACCGCAUCAAGAACCUGCCUAGCAAGAUCGAGGACCACGACGCCAAGCUUUACUUUCAGCUGUCCCAGGCCCGUGUCCUGGAUGCCCGUCGCCGGUUUCUCGAUGCCGCGCAGGAAUACUUUAAUGUUAGUCUGGUACCAGGUGUGGAUGAGAAUGACCGGCUCACUGCACUGUCGGCGGCCAUCCGGUGUGCGGUCCUGGCGCCUGCGGGGCCACAGCGUUCGCGCUCUCUUGCCCGGCUGUACAAGGACGACCGUGCGCCUUCGGUGGAUGAGUUUGGCAUCCUAGAGAAAAUGUUCCUUGACCGGCUCCUCACUGCCGAAGAAGUCGCCGCCUUUGCGAAAAAGCUUGCUCCCCAUCAACUGGCCGUCACGGCGGACGGCACCACCGUCCUCGACAAGGCGGUGAUCGAGCACAACCUCGUCGCCGCGAGCAAGCUCUAUGAGAAUAUCACCGUUGAUGCCCUCGGAUCUAUCCUAGGCCUUGAGUCUUCAGGCGAUUUGUCUGCCGGUGAAAAGGCAGAGGCCUACGCCGCUCGCAUGGUCGAGCAAGGCCGGCUUCGGGGCCGGAUUGAUCAAAUUGACGGUGUCAUCGCCUUUGAUACCGAUUCUGCUGCCGCAGGAUCGAACGGCGCCACUCUUCGCCAGUGGGACUUGGGAGUCCAGGAACUUGCCGAAGACGUCGAGCGCGUGGCGGCCAGCAUCUCAGAUCAGUUCCCGGAGUUUGCCACGAGCCAGAUGGUACAUUAA